ACAGCGCAGCGGUUGCUAACGAUGCGAUGUCUCGUCUUACGGAUGAAUCUUGGGUUUAGAGGCUUCAUGGGUGCCGCGGUCACCAAAAACAAGGAAACUGGAGCCAUGGGUUUCCACUUCAGCCUCGGAUGAGCCGAAAUAAGCUGGACCCACACGAGCCCAGCGAGCUGCCCCGGCCUGCAGGGGGCGCUCCCUUGUCCCCGACACCCUCUCCAGUCAUGGCGGGCUUCAAGCGGGGAUAUGACGGUAAAAUUGCCGGCCUGUAUGAUCUGGACAAGACGCUGGGGCGGGGCCACUUCGCUGUGGUCAAGCUGGCGCGGCACGUUUUCACCGGGGAGAAGGUGGCGGUGAAGGUUAUCGACAAGACCAAGCUGGACACAGUGGCGACGGGCCACCUCUUUCAGGAAGUGCGCUGCAUGAAGCUGGUGCAGCACCCCAACAUCGUGCGCCUGUACGAAGUGAUAGACACUCAGACAAAGCUGUACCUGAUCUUGGAGCUGGGGGAUGGGGGGGAUAUGUUUGACUACAUCAUGAAACAUGAGGAGGGCCUGAACGAGGAGUUGGCCAAGAAGUACUUUGCCCAGAUCGUCCACGCCAUCUCUUACUGCCACCGACUGCAUGUGGUGCACAGGGACCUGAAGCCUGAGAACGUGGUGUUCUUCGAGAAACAAGGACUGGUGAAGCUCACUGACUUUGGCUUCAGCAACAAAUUUCAGCCAGGGAAGAAGCUUACCACCAGCUGCGGCUCUCUGGCGUACUCGGCUCCUGAAAUCCUCCUUGGCGACGAGUAUGACGCUCCAGCCGUAGACAUCUGGAGCCUUGGCGUGAUCCUGUUCAUGUUGGUUUGCGGCCAGCCGCCUUUCCAGGAAGCAAACGACAGCGAGACUCUCACCAUGAUCAUGGACUGUAAAUACACUGUACCAGCCCACGUCUCCAGCGCCUGCAGAGAUCUGAUAGACCGCAUGCUGCAGAGGGACCCCAAGCGCAGAGCGUCACUGGAGGAGAUUGAGAGCCACACCUGGCUGCAGGGGGUGGACCCCUCACCUGCCACCAAGUACAGCACUCCUCUGGUCUCCCACAAGAACUUGUCGGAGGAGGAGCAUAACAGCAUCAUCCAGCGCAUGGUGCUGGGAGACAUCGCUGACCGGGAGGCUAUAGUGGAAGCCCUGGAGACCAACAAAUACAACCACAUCACAGCAACAUACUACCUGUUAGCGGAGCGGAUCCUGAGGGAAAAGCAGGAGAAGGAGGUCCAGACCCGCUCCUCCAGCCCCAGCAACAUGAAGGCACAAUUCAGGCAGUCCUGGCCGACCAGAAUGGACAUGCAUCAGGACAUAGAGGACUCUCUGGCUUCCUCGUCCAUCUCUCAUGCCGGGGGCCCCCAGUCACCGGCCCGCAGCGCAGAGAACCUGCUGAACGGACACCGCUCCAAAGGCAUGAUGGACCUGGGCCGGCGGGAGGAGGCCACGGUCACCGACUCAGCUCAGGGAGCCUGUGCAGCAGCAUCUUCUGCUGCUGGGACCUUCAGAGCUGCAGGUCCCUCCACAUCAGGGGCCAAGCAGAGGGCCUGUCUGUUCAGGGUGGAGGAAGAUGAAGAGGAGGAGGAAGAGCAGGACCCGUCGCCCCUGCCGACCCAGGUGAUCCUGCGGCGGAAACCUCCCUCCAUCACCAACCGCCUCACCUCCAGGAAGAGCGCCCCGGUGCUCAACCAGAUCUUUGAGGAGGAGGGUGAGUCGGACGACGACUUUGAGAUGGAUGAGGGUCUGCCGCCCAAACUCAGCCGGCUCAAGAUGAACAUCGCCGGCGGGGCAGGGGGUGUGGGCUCCGGGGCCACUUCGGCCGCGUCCCCCGGCCCAACGCAGAAACGCUACCACAGGCGCAAGAGCCAGGGCCGGGGGUCAUCCUGCUCCAGCUCGGAGACCAGCGACGAUGACUCAGAAAGCCACAGGAGGCGCCUGGACAAGGACUCGGGUUUCACCUACAGCUGGAACCGGAGGGACAGCAGCGAGGGGCCCCCCGGCAGCGAAGGUGGUACUGGGGGGGGCAGCAGCUCCGGCCAAGGGAAGCCCCCCUCGGAGGGUGGCGGCUCCUCUGGCCCCGACAGAGGCAGUCCCCCUGGUAACGGGGAGAGGGAAGGUGGUAGCAGUGGAGGAGGUGGCAGUGGGGCCGGCGGGGGCCACCAGGGACAGGAUCGACCCUCCAGCUGCUGCAGCAGCUCCACCAAGCCGGCCCUCAGCACGGCGAGCCGGCCCUCCCGCACAGCGAGCCGCAGCACCGAGCUGGUGGAGAGUCUGAAGCUGAUGAGCCUCUGCCUCAGCUCUCAUCUGCAGCAGCGCAGCGGGCGCGGGGGCCGAGCCGGGGGCGGGGCCAAGGUCAUCCUGGACCCCCGGGGCAUCAAGGAGAAACCGACAUGGAGGAUCUGCAUCGGCUCCACCAACAGCCUGGACUCCAUCGGCCUCCCCGCCGUCGGCCUGCCCCGCUCCCACGCCGUGCUGCACCUCCGCCAGAAGGGGGCGCCGCCCGGCAGCAGGGACGCUCACGGCAACAUGAACGGCCUGAAAAACGGCGUACUGCACCUACCUCUGUGUGAGAAGAGCAUCUCUGUUAACAUCCAGCAUGGCUCCAGAGACGCUCUGCUGUGUACCUCAGCUCCAGCCAGCUGCUGCCAGGUCAUCUGAGGCCCUGACCCCUCACCUCUCCACCUGCUCCACCCGCUCCACCUGCUCCACCCACCUCCUCUCACCUCCUCUCACCUCCUCUCAGCUCCUCUGUUUUAAACGGCUGGUUUUAGCUGCUUGCUUGUACCAUUUUCACUUGUUUUUUUUUGGUUAUUUCUUUUUUAACCAACUGCACUUUAUCGUUCUUUAGCUGAAUGUCAGAAUUGAGUCCAUUUUGAUAAAGAAGUGAAACCACUGUACAUCGCUUUUUAUAUGAGCUUAAACAGCUCACAGCUGAAUUUAGGUGAAAUGAUGUCUGUUGAUGGAACAGCUCGGCGACUUUUUUGGUCGUAAGUUUUCCAGGCCUGGGUCAAAUCUGAACUGCAACGUGGAAUGUUGCAGGAUGUGAUGGAAAGCAGAGCUUCAGUCAGAUUCGGGUUCAGAGUUCUGGGUCUGGUUUGAGUUUCCAGUCGGACCCGAUUCUUCUGCUCUGUCAGCCUGUCUGACAUUCAUCUGGUGCUGUUAGGUUCUACAGCUCUGGGAGUUUGAGCUGUGGAGGAACAGCACCAGAACAGGUUUCAUGGUUCAGACUCAUGAUGAGGUCCCACUGACAUGUUCCAGCUUGUCCAGACAUUAACCACAGCAGCACCAAAGUGUCCUCUGUGUCCUCUGUGUCGCUAUAAACCUUCUGAUUUUACUGUUUUUACCUCUAAUGAGGCAGAAUUACAGAAAGUGUGAUAUUCUGGUUCUGCCCACUUUUAGUCCCAUUUCCAAGCUGUUCAAAAUCUUGACCCAGUUAAGAGUUCAUGCUGAAAUGGAACCAGUGACCCACCAGUUUGCUUGGGUGAAAACUGGAGGAACUGGUUUAACACUGAACCUGGUUCUGGUGGAAAGGCCUCCCUGAAUGUAAAGCCAUAGAUGACACAAACACUUCCUUUUGGCCUUUAUUAAUGAGCGUGAAGUUCAAAGGUCAUCAUGUUCCUUCAUCAGGAGGAGGGAAGUCCAAGGCUGGCUGGAGUGUCAGGCAUUAGGACAGCAACUUAUUCAUAUUUUUACUAAAAUGUUGAUUCCUUCCAUUAAAACAAUCAUUUUUGCAGAAUCUCCUCCUGAUGUCUGAGUCCAGACACAAACAUCCGACUCUUCAGCUCUACUUUUCCUCCUGUUGCACUCAGACAAUCUGCAGCUCCUCUUCCUGUCAGACUUUCCUCUGCAGCUUUAAAGCUCUGAUCAAAAUCUACACAUGAACAUGAAUGAUGAUCAUAUUGGCUGCUAAUAAUUAGAACCGGUCAUUUUUCAGAGAGGGAUUAUUAUACAGCUGCAGGAUGCUUUGUAACAACUGCUUUAAAUGAGUUUCCUCUGAUAUAGACAGAUAAAAAAAAUAUGCACAUACAUUAAUAUUUAUUUAAAUGUGGCACCCGGAGCUCCUUACCAGGGUUCCUGGUCGGCUUCAGACUGACAUUGGUAUGGAAUAUAAAACAAAAAUAACAAAUUCAAAGGAUUUUGACAUAAUUAGAGAAUUCUAAGGGGAACAAAAAUCAGAAUGUUUGAUUUUUUUUCUUGAGAUUCCAACAUGGUAACACUGUCAUAAGCAAGAUAAAACAUGAUGUCAUGGACAUGAAAGACUCUUCAUGAAUCAUGAGCAUUUUAAUGGACUUUUAAUUCAAGUUUCAAUGCAACUUUAUUUACCGAAUGACACUUGAUGACAACAAUCAUAAACAUUCAUGAAGAGUCCUUCAUGUUCAUAACAGGUGUUAAGUCAUGUUUAUGACAGUCAAAUAAAGUGUCACCUCUAACUUUCUUCUUGGGAUUUUGACGUUUUCUUGGAUUUCUGAUCUUUAUACAGAAUUUUAAGAAAAGUCAAAAUCCUGAAAUUUUAAGUAAGGAUCUAGAUUUUUUUUCUCUCUCUCUCAGUAUUCUGACUUUAAAAGAUUAAAAUUAAUGUCAGAAUUCCGACUUUUUUGUAAAAAGUCAAAUUUGUCAGAUUAAUGUCCGAUUUUUUUAUUUUAUUCUCAUUAGCUAUGAGAAAAUGAGCUGAUAGAUUUUGGUUUUCUCCUCCUCGCACCAGAAAGUCUCCCAAAGCUCACUGCUCAUGCGGCUCCUGAGUCAUGUGUUGUGUACAUAUAGCGUUAUGAAGAUGAAAAAUGUAUUUUUUAAACAUGUACAUUUUAUGAAAUGUCUGCUGUUUGAUUUUUCGUUGUUUUUAUUUGUUUCUUGCCGGUGUGAGUUUUUGUUUUGUUUUUUAAAAAAUCAGCCAUAUGAGAGUCAGCAGAAAGUGGAGGAGCGGCCAUGUUUUAGGGCAUUGGCAAUAAGCUAUAGCAUGUGUUGCAGCUAUCUGUACAGACGUUUCAUUAGCUUCACUUUUUCUGUCGAUUCCAAACAUGAGCAGCUUCUCAGCGGCCGCCGUCAACUUUUAGUUUCAUCGGAGAUUUCCUGAAGAACCAAAUGUACAUAGAGUUGUAAAUAUGGUGCUCUCUUUACCUAGAACAUUUUGGUGCAUAGUUGUACAGUAAAACUAGCCUUAUAAUGACCGUAGUAAUCCUGUAUGGAUGUGUUAGUCGCGUGGGCAAAAUGACAGUUCUCUUCAUACCGUCAGGUGUCUGACUGUUGUCUUUACUCAGCUGUUUUCAGGUGAAUGAUGUGCAUGUGUCUCAGUGUUGGAGCAGAAUCAGCCACAGAAAUCCUACUGGACCAAAAGGCAACAAACAGGAAAAAAAAAAAAAAACAUCACUGUAAUAUUCUGUAGUUGAUAACUGUUGUCAGACAAUACAUAUAGCUCUAGUAAUAUCCCAAAAAAUAAAAGUUGAUUUUUGUCUUUUA